CAAAAAUCAAAUGAGAAUUGAAAAGUGACGUGUAAGAACAUUCGUUCUCCCCCACACGCAUGGCAACAGUCAGUCAAGUACGGUUGGCACGCCUAAGCUAAGUAAUCCUUGCUUUCUUCCUCGACACUUUAUUUUCUGAUUCUCAACUCCACCACCGCAAAAACCACCUUCCUCCGCCCGUGAAUAACAACCACGGCCGUGUAAACCACCUACCCAAAUAACUCUUCACCCGAUCAAUCAAGUGAGUGAACGAACACCCAGCUCAAAACUACCGAUUUCUUCUGCGGGAUUUCCGUGGCAGCCCUAAUUAUUUCGUGGGCUAUUUUUGAUCUCGAGAUCUCCUUGACAUGCCUAACUCAGUGGAGUUAGCUAAGCAUGAAACAGAAGUCGGACCUGCCAUAAGAGAAGACAGUGAAUAUGUAAGCCUGGUGACAUCAGAUUUAACUAAGAGGUCUGAAGUUGGGGUCUUACAUUCUCAAGCUGAAGUCAGAUCGAAAUCCUUCAACUGGUGGAUCAAAGCCUUGAUUUUGUUCAUCACUUCUGUAGCAUUUGUUCUCAUAUUAUUUAAAUGGGGAGUUCCUUUUGUUUUUGAGAAGAUUCUUCUUCCAAUGAUGCAAUGGGAAGCCACUGCCUUUGGCCGUCCAGUGCUUGCUUUAGUGCUUGUUGCUUCUUUGGCAUUAUUCCCUGUAAUUUUGAUCCCUUCUGGAGCUUCCAUGUGGCUAGCAGGCAUGAUCUUUGGGUAUGGUCUUGGCUUUGUGAUAAUCAUGGUUGGUACAACUAUUGGAAUGAUUCUUCCAUAUGCAAUUGGAUUGUUAUUCCGGGAUAAAAUCCAUCAAUGGUUGAAUAGAUGGCCAGACAAGGCUGCUAUGCUGCGAUUGGCUGCUGAAGGUAGUUGGUUUCAUCAGUUUCGAGUGGUCGCUAUCUUUAGGGUUUCACCAUUUCCUUAUACUAUCUUCAACUAUGCUAUUGUGGUGACAAAUAUGAGAUUUUGGCCAUAUCUGUGGGGAUCAGUCGCCGGGAUGGUGCCAGAAGCUUUUAUAUACAUAUACAGUGGGCGACUGAUAAGGACGUUUGCUGAUGUCCAGUACGGAAAUCAUCAUCUAACUUGGGUGGAGAUUGUGUACAAUAUAAUCUCCUUCAUUGUAACUAUACUUACAAUUGUUGCUUUCACAAUGUAUGCCAAGAGAGCCUUAGAUGAACUGAAAAGGGCAGACGCUAAAGUGGAACGAGAAGAAACAUCGUCAAACCAUGAAUUCAGGAUACAAAUACAAAUGGAGACUCUUGCAGUUGAGAGACCCAGACAUCAGAUUUGACAUGUUCCAAUUUUAUAGAUCAAGAUAGGUAUAGUGCUGUAAAUAAGAGAAGUUGCUACUUGCUAUAGACGGGGUAUCAUUUGGGGAUAAAAUGCUAUGCUUGUAUAUCAUUGAAUGUAUCAUCAUAUAUACACAUACAAUUCUAACAUAAGACAUUGUGUUUCAUCUUAGUCUCAUCAGGAUGACUUCUGUUUUAUUUAUUUCUCUACAUUUUCUUUC